UAUUUUGUGUAUCUUCAUACAUUUACAAACAUUAAUUAAUUUGUUUGCAAUGUCUCUAGACAAAAAAGGACUUCGUUUCCCAGCAGCCUCCGCGCGUGCGUGUGCGGCCUAGGGAACAACGUAACCAUGGAAACAGAGCAGUCGACGCAGACAGCAGAGACAGCGAGCGCAGUCCAUACAGAGACAGCAAUAGCCUGUCCAUCACCUUGCGUAGGUUGAACAAACAGUGUCAGCUCAGCUUAUAGCUACUAAACAUGUCCGACACAUUUGUGUUUGCCUGUCGGAAUGCGUAGUUACGACAGGCAACUCUAGUUUCCGAUUAUACAACCGAUUUAGCUAGUUUAACCUUGCUAAGUCACGGUGGGUUUGUGUUAGUUACGGACUACUGACCACCUUCACUUUCCAGAGGAUGCUGGAGUCGAUUAAAGUGACUGAAAGACUUCACUGGCCAGAAGUAGAAAUGUCCAAAAAAUACAUCUUAAACUCCACUGACACGCCACUGAAUCCAAGCCAAGUAUACCUGGAGAGGAUUUCUUCCAGCAUCCUCAAGGACCUGUUCAGCACUGGCUCCAGCAGCUACAACCUACUGCUGCAGGCUGAGGAGGAGGAGUGGGAGAGGCCAAAGAAGUCCCUGUUUAAGAGGCCAAAAACAGCCGUGAGGAGCAGCGCCUCACCCGGUAAAAGAAGCCAACGAGGCUUGGCUUUAAAAAAGACGCACGCACAAGAAGGUGGCAGUAAAGCCGCUCAGAGGUCCAACUCCAAUUUCUCCAAAACGGCCCAGGGCAUCGCAGUAGUGGGCAGCAAGAUGGGCCUCACUCCCCGUACGACCCCACAACUCAGGAAGAUGUGCAACCCCAACUCGCCUCAUGCUAAACUUCCAACACUGCACAAAGCAGCGAUCGCAGGGGAAGGGGAAAAUGGCAAGAGGCUGUGCAUCCUGACAGCCAUUAAGCCGUCUAAUGUGGAGAAAGAGAAGGCCAAGUUCUUCAAGUCUGACUUUUGCUACAAUCCACAGUUUGAGUACAGCAACCCUGUCUCUGCGCCUGUUUUGGCACGGCAUAACAACGCCUCCGAUCGCUUCCUGACACAGGCAGUGCACAUCAUGGAGCUCGCGCUGCAGCGAUAUGGCAGCUAUGAGAAGUUUGAGCAGGUCACCGGGGGAAACCUCCUCACCAAGAGUCGCAUCUGGCACAAUGUGAAGAAGUACAUGGAGAAGGAAGGCUGUGUGGGCGAGAUAGUUGUCCAGGUGACCGAUGACCUCCUGUCCAGAGCCUCCAUGACAGUCGUGAACAGCAGACCAACACUUACUAUCAACAUCUCCACUGCCCGGGAACACUGGCUGGAGGGCAUGCUGAGGCAUGAGAUCGGCACUCAUUAUUUCCGCGGCAUGAACAAUUGCCACCAGCCAUGGAGCAGCAGUGCGGGCAGGAAGAAGCACAACCUGAAGCCCCUCAACCCCACAGAGGAAGGCCUUGCCAGCAUCCACAGUGUCCUGUUCAGGAAAGACCCCACUCUGUGGCGCGCCGCGCUGCUCUACUACACCGUCUACCAGGCCAGCCACAUGUCCUUCUCGCAGCUCUUCCACAACCUAGGACGCUUUGUCCAGGACCCCAACACCCGCUGGGACUACUGUGUCAGAGCCAAGAGAGGCCAGACUGACACGGCACAGCCAGGUUGUUUCAGUAAGGAUCAGGUCUACCUGGAUGGCAUCCUGAAGAUCCUUCGGUACAGAGACAAGAUCAACUUCCCACUGCUCAUGGCUCUCGGAAAGGUGUCAUUUGAAGACGUGGAUCGCCUGAAAGCCGUGGCCCAGACGGAGAACAUACGCAUCCCGCAUUUCAUGCAGGACCAGGCGAGGUACGCCGAGCAGCUGAAGAAAAUCAUGGCGGUCAAUGGGCUGACCGACGACGAGCUGAAGACCAUCGUCUGAGCCGUCUUCAUUCCCCUGCACCCCCUGCCAGCUGUGAGCUGCAUGUGUCAACACCACCCACAUCAUCAGUGUGCAUGGUCGCCGAGUGUGUGACUUGCUCAGCAUGCUGUAGUCAUAUUUAAAUGGUUUAUAUUAGGAUUAGAACAAUACUCUUAUUGGUCCUGUUCUAUAAUAUUGUGCAAAUGUGUAAUGUGGUUUUAUCUAUAUGUUUAAAAGGUCACAAGACAGUAGUAAGUAGCUACUCAUUAAACCAUGCAGAUCUCUCAUAAUGUCACCGAUAAGAAUCGGAAAUCCCAUUCUGAUGCCUCUCGAAUCACACCGAGGCUCCUGUUGGACGAGACCAGCUGUCAAUCACACUGGUGUCCACUCAUACCUGUA